CAUACAAAAAUUACGAAAAUAUAAUUUUGUUUCAAAAAUUAAUGGUUUCUCAUUUCUGAUUGCUUAAUUUGAAAUGAAUCCAUCGAGAAGAGUUGAUUCAUACGAGUGGCUGUUUUCGCGUGGAAUGACUAACAAUCACUAAUCAAAAAGUCAAACCAAAAAAGAAUCAUAAAGCGAAACUCUGUGCCGUUAAGGGAUUCCCCGCUACGCAAUAAUGCUGUGACAUGAGCAGCUAUCGGAACUUGAGAACACCACGCUCUCAUGAUACCACAGACUGGGGGCAGAAGCAUAUCAGUUCGGUUCGCGAAUUAGUCAAGACAUCUGUGCCGAACAUCACAGCCACACGCAGUCAAGCAAAUGGACCUACCCUAUCCAUGUACAAGCCAGAACGAAUGGAAUAAAAUUCCCCGUUCGAAGAUCCCCCACUUUACGGUAUUCACAACUGCCACAACGUGCCCUCUCCCACUGGAAGGCUUGCCAGAUGUUGUAUCCAGCACGUUCAUCGACCGUUCGAGCAGACGCGUUGUUCUUCAUUAUAAAAGCCAAUAUGUUGAACCUUUUCCAGACUUAGUACACAACCACUCCUCAACGAAGGCCAACCGAACAAGUCGGUAACAGAAAUACUCGCACGCCUGGAACCGUUCACUACCUCCUCAAGCAACCAUGAGAUUCAUUAUUUUUGUAAGCCUAUUUAUUCAUCAGACUGUGGCACAGCGCGACUUCAAACCAUGUUCCUACAAUGAGUUCUGUGUUGACCUUCGGGAAUGUCCCGCGUAUAAGCAGUACGCAAACACAGGGUUCCGAUACUGGCCGGCGGACGUGAAGCGGAUGGCCAAGGAGAAGCUUUGCAACCAGGAAAUGGUCGACGGGCAGAUGGUUAUCAGCGUUUGCUGCCCGUCGGUGAUGAACAAUCCAAAAUGCGGCGUCCAAGCGGGCGAUCGAAUAUCCAAGGGUCAAGUGGCAAAACCGUACGAGUACCCCUGGAUGGCCCUGCUGCGGGACCUGAAUGGGAAGUUCGUCUGCGGGGGCACGCUGAUUAGCGAGAGAUAUGUUCUGACGGCUGCCCACUGCGUUAGAUUCGACAGGAUACGAUCGGUUCGGCUCGGAGAGAAUGACAUUAAUCAGGAAGUGGAUUGCAUAAUUCUGGAUGGUGAAAGGGAUUGUGCUCCUCCGCCGCAGGAUAUUAAGAUUGAAAAAACGAUAAUUCAUCCAGAGCAUAGUGAACGAAGAAAAAUCAACGAUAUAGCGUUACUUCGACUGGAACAUGGGGCGAAAUUUGUGGACAAUGUUCGAACGAUAUGCCUCCCCAACCGGGACAUCAAACAGCGUGCCGUUGUUCCAUCGUUCCUCAUAGUUUCCGGCUGGGGUCUGACCGACAAGCAAGAGUCCUUCGAUGUUCUGCGAUAUGCGCGUGUACCACCCGUUCCGCUGCAGGAAUGCGCUCCGAAAGUACAAAACCUCAUCGCAGCGGUCCGGUUAGGUGACAGCCACAUAUGUGCCGGAGGAGUGGACGAGGUGGACAACUGUGCCGGCGACUCGGGAGGCCCACUGCAGUACAUAUCGAACACGACGUCCAAAUAUAUCCAGUACGGGAUUGUUUCGUUCGGGACCAAAACCUGCGGGAACGUUAGCGAGCCCGGCGUGUACACAAAAGUUGAACACUUUAUCAGUUGGAUUCUUAACGAAGUGGGUGAAUAAAUGCGUUUACUAGAAACAAUCGGUCAGGAAGGUAUAGUGCGAAAACUCGCUGGGCUACUAAAAAAAUCUCUUUGAGAAUAAAAUCCGAUUCGUUAAUCAUUUAAUUUAUCCUGCAAUCACAAAGAAUAGCGCCAAUGAUUUACAAUGGUAAAAUAAAAUAAUCAACCUGGUUUAAAAUUUAAAAAUAAGGUGGCUCGUCUCGAGAAAACAGAUUAACAUUUUAUUCUUGUAAUAAUUAGAGGCAUGAAAAAUAUAAGUGCUUCUGGGAUUCUGACUCUAAAAAUCAAGGGAGGUGAUUUAAUAAAAAAAAACUAUCUCGAAGGUCGAAUGAAACAAAAUGCAUAGGUACGUAAAAAAAUCUCUCACAACAAUUGUAAAUAGAAUCGCCGCAUGAAAAUAACAUUAUAAAAUAUACAACUUUUAUUAAAUUUGUUUGUAUCUCAUUCAAAAAUAUUUAUAAAUACAUCAGUGAAUAAACAUGGGAACGAA